GUUUUGACAUCAGUCCCUCCGGCCUAAAGGGAAAAAAAACCAUCUGCUCCUCCUCGAUAAUUCCUCCACCGCCUCUACCUACAUGCUCUAUCUUCCACCGACAAAGGACUGGCUACGUGUUCUCUUCUCAGACAACCCACAACCCACUGACACUUCUCUUCAUCCUUCGCACCGCCUAAUAUACCCAAUUCAGUUCCUUUUAUUCACCAUCUUAGGUCGCUAUUGCUUCCAUAACUCUUUCUACAACCUUCCUACUCCAAACUUUUUCUAUCCCUCUCUCACCAUGUCGCUGCUUUAGACCGGCAGAUGGAAAACAGAAGCAACACGAGCGAAGGUCGCUCCUUCAAGCAGCAACCAAUUCCAGGAAGCUUAAAAAAUGUUGCAGAAAAGGAGCCUGUCACCCACACUAGCAUGGCUGGUCACCUUAAUGACAGUCAGGAUGCUGGACUUCAUGCAAGAAAUAUAAGCACUGUAUCAACGGUGGAUAGUGAAAUGAUUGAUGAAGAUGGGAACCCAAUCUGGAAAUACAGGGUUGAAAGUUGGAAGGAUAAAAAGAACAAGAAGAAAAAGAGUGUUGUUAAAGUUGCUAAAGAAGUUCAAAUUCGUGUAGACCAAGAAAAGCAGGGGUCAACAGAGGCGAAUGCAAUGCAACCACUUUCACAAAUAGUUCCAAUUCCAAAGAGCCAAAUCACACCUUAUAGACUUACAACAAACAUUAACGUGUCUAUAAAGUCACAACAAAAAUCGAGAAGAAGAUACAAUAAAGUAGAGUUGAUGAAAGCUGAUAGCACUGUAAUUCUGCAUAAUUGGAUGCUCCAAGUUUCAUAGCUGUGAUGCAACUUUAUUUGGAGAUUGUAGGAUUGCAGUUUACCUUCCGAUAAAUAAAUGACAAAUGACUACUGUUAGUGAUGGUUUAAUCCAAAUCUAACCCCCCCCCCCCCCCCCCCUCUUUUCUAGUAUAUAUUAAAUCUAAAGGAAGUUAGAAACAGUAACUUUUAUGUCUUUAGGUUUUUGCCACAAAUGUUUAGUGAGUUUGACAUUUUAAGUCUUUAAAGUCAAAACUUUUAUAUUUUAUGUUUUGAUUAAGUUUUUUUGCUUUUAGG